GUGUGGGCGGGACUUCCAGAUUUUUCAGGGAGGGUAUCCUGUUCCGAAUAUAAAUUCAGCUAUUCUUUCAAACGGAAAGUAAAUAAAUAAAUAAAUAAUGCCGUUUAUCGAUUUGGAGACAAAUUUGCCCGCAAGUAAAUUUUCUGAAGAUUUUCUAAAAAAGCUAUGUUCCACCGCAGCGGCUGCUCUGGGAAAACCAGAGGAUAGGAUGAAUCUGGUGGUGAAGCCUGAUCUGCCCCUGCUUAUUGCCGGCUCAUGUUCCCCUGCCGUGUCUCUCACGGUUUCUGCCAUUGCUGUGACUGACACUGCAGAGAAGAACAAGGAGCACAGUGCCAAACUCUUCCAGUUUCUCACCCAGGAGCUGGGACUCAGCCAGGACCGCAUCGUGAUCAGGUUCUACCCACUGGAGCCUUGGCAGGUGGGGAAGAAGGGCACAGUGAUGAGCUUCCUGUAAAGAAACCUACUUUACAUCUACCAUCAUGCUGUAGUUCUCUGUAAGGGAAAAAUGUUUUACUGCACAAUGUGUGAGAAAAACUUGAUCUUUAGCUUGAAAUCAUGAGAAUGGUACUAUCUUUUCUUUCUUUUCCCAUUCCAAAAGAAUACUGUAACGUUUUUUAACCGUGUCAUCUGCCUGUGUUACAUACCGUAUGUGUGAUUCCCACAAACAAAAAAGGUCCACAUGUUUCUAUGUACCGAGAAAAGAAAAACAGCCAUUCGGUGCUAAUCCGGGAUACUUUGUCAAUAUUCUUUACACCACAGCUCUGCUGAAUUUCUACAUCUGAUCAUCAGACGUUGUUGAUAAAACAGCAGGCUUAUAUAAAUGCACUCAUUCUAAUGUGUUAUCACAUCAAUAGCAACAACUAAUACGCAGUAACUUGGUUAGUCAAUGCGUAAUAAUAUCACAAAACAUGCCAUUUAACAAAGACAAGAGUUUACUCCUUUACACUGUGAAGCUUUCCGUCAAGAGAAUUUUAUGUAAGAAUGUCAGUGAUUUGUAACGGUCAGUAACUUUUCUGUCCUGGGAGAGUCUUCAGGACAAUGGGCUUUGUGCUUUCCACUUGCUUGUGAACAUGACACGCUGUGCUUUUUGUCUUAUUCAUUUCAAGUGUGGGAAAAAGAGAGGCUGGUGAGGGAAACAUUGUGUCAUGGACCGUCCACAACGUUAACUUGGCAUGCUUAUUCAUUAAUAAAAUAUUAACAAAAUGUAUCUCAUGGUAUAAGAGGAAUAAAAAGCUUUAGGAUGUGCCAUUAUAGAAAAAUUUAUAAAUUUGCAUUGUCCUGUAGUGCUUUUGUCUUCCUGGUAUUUUCUCAGUCAUGGAAAAAACAGUUGUGGUGGAUUAGAUUGAAGAAAAGCUGGAAUAUAUUUAAGGUCAUUUAUCAAAUUAUUCUAAGGGAUUUUAAAAGGCAGCAUGGCAAUGACUAACAAGACUUCCUUAAAUGGAGACAAAUGAUGAAAUUAUAAUAUUUCAAAACAGUAACUGUUUCAAUAGAUGCCUUUUGUCAUCAGUUUUAAAUUAUGUAAUUUGACCAAUUCAUUUCACUUCUGAUCUAGCUGAUCAAGUGCUCACUCGUUAUCAUUUUUCAUUAAUUGAUUAAUUGAGGAGAGAAAAAGAAGAGCAGCUUUGCCACUCAAGACUAAAUCUAACAGAGAGAGAUAGAGAUAGAAAGAGAGAUGGCCACAGAAAACUAUUAGCUUGAAAAUGCUGUAUUUUCUUUAAUAGUUUUUUAUUAUAUAUUUUUUUACCCAUAUUGUUUAGUUUCCCUUUUCAUUCAUCUUUCUAAAUUGACUGAAAUUCUGCAGCAUUUCUUUUGAAUAAAUGAUGUCUGAAAUGAAA